AUGUCUCUCUCCUCCGCUUCCACCUCUCUGCUGCGCGCCUGCGCCCGCCAGCAGCUCCCUACCACCCGCGCUGCCGUCGCCUCCUGCCAGCAGCGGAGGGGAGUCGCUGAGGCCACCAAGCCCACCUUCGCCAGUCCCUUCGCCAAUGCCUCCUCCUCCACCGCGAAGAUCCCCGAUUUCAGCAAAUACCAGUCCAAGAGAGCCCCCCGCUCCAACCAGGUUUUCUCCUACUUCAUGGCUGGUUCCCUCGGUCUGGCCUCUGCCGUCGGUGCCAAGGCUACUGUUCAGGACUUCCUCGUGAACAUGUCCGCCUCCGCCGACGUCCUCGCCCAGGCCAAGGUUGAAAUCGGCCUUGCCUCCAUCCCCGAGGGCAAGAACGUCAUCAUCAAGUGGCGUGGCAAGCCCGUCUUCAUCCGUCACCGCACCCAGGAUGAGAUCAAGGAGGCCGAGGACAUCGAAUGGCAGAGCCUUCGUGAUCCCCAGCCCGACUCCGACCGUGUCCAGAAGCCCGAGUGGCUCGUCAUGCUUGGUGUCUGCACCCACCUGGGUUGUGUGCCCAUCGGCGAGGCCGGUGACUUUGGCGGCUGGUUCUGCCCCUGCCACGGUUCCCACUACGAUAUCUCCGGCCGUAUAAGAAAGGGCCCCGCUCCCCUCAACCUCGAGGUGCCCCAGUACAACUUCCCCUCUGAGGAGACCCUCGUCAUCGGUUAA